AUGGAGUUUUUAAGCGACCGACAUGUGCAAAAGUACAUGGAGAACGGCUACGUGGUGGUGGACGAGCUCCUGACGUCUCUGGAGUGCGACGAACUGCGUCGGCGGAUGUCGGAGAUCGUGGAGCAGAUGGAUGUGCCGGCGCACUGCAGGACCACCUUCUCCACGUAUCACCACGAGCAGCUCAAAACGCAGGGAAGCACCGACUAUUUCAUCAGCAGCGGUGACAAGAUCCGUUUUUUCUUCGAAAAGGGAGUUUUUGACGAGCGAGGGGAAUUUGUGGUCCCCAAGCAUCGAUCUCUAAAUAAAGUGGGACACGCGUUGCAUGCCUACGAACCUUUGUACAAAAAAGUUACGCAUUCAGACAAAGUCCAGGGAAUGGCCAGAAAGCUGGGACUGGUUCACCCCGUUGUUCUGCAGAGCAUGUACAUUUUUAAGCAACCCGGGAUUGGUGGAGAAGUGACGCCCCACCAGGACGCCACCUUCUUGUACACGGAACCUCUUGGGAGGGUGACGGGUUUUUGGGUUGCCCUGGAGGACGCCACCGUCCACAACGGCUGCCUGUGGUUCAUCCCGGGCUCGCACAACUGCGGCAUAACCCGAAGGAUGGUGAGGACGUCGCCGGGCAGCGUCCUGCAGACUGACUUCAUCGGCACCGAGCGGGACUACGACGGAGACCGGUUCGUCCCGGCGGAAGUUAAAAAAGGUGGCGUGGUCCUGAUUCAUGGCCAAGUGGUGCACCGCAGUGCGGAGAACGUGUCGUCGGACUCGCGCCACGUCUACACCUUCCAUCUCAUGGAGGCUCAGGACACCCAUUGGAGUGCCGACAACUGGCUGCAACCCAGCGAAAAACUUCCGUUCCCGGCUCUUUACACUGAAUGA